AUGGCCACUGUAUCACAAUUUUUCAGCGAUGAAAAUGCUUGUAAUCUAGCUAUGAAAAUGGAGCUGGCAAGUAUCUUUGAAGAACCCCUAUUACCUAUGACAUACGGCGACGGCGUCUUGGUAACUGCUAACGGGGUUCAAAUUUGCUAUCGGUUAAUAUUUGAAGGAACUAAGGAACUAUGUGCGACUAAUGCUGAGCCAACUCUGCAGGCUAGCUUAUAUUAUCACGGUUAUUGGUCCCAGAUCGAUUCCAAAAAGAUCAGAGACCAGUGCUGUUAUCCCUCAUAUAUGUUGGUCAUUGCAGGUCCUUGGAUUUGCCUUCUCAGAGGUAUCUAUAUCGACAAAGUAAUAAUAGAACCAUUAACGGACCUCAUUUCUCUCAUACCUAAACUGGGAGAUGGUAGUCAAGUGAGUCAAAUUUCUCAGUUCCUAGCGGCUCUAAAAAUUGCUAUGAACAGACUCAACAAUUAUUACCGAAAUUUGCAAUUAAAUUAUUUUUCGACUUAUCAAGACAAGAAUAACAAUCGAAUCGGGUUCAAAUAUAUACAUCCACUGACCGAGGAUAUUCAAAGUCCUAUUUGGAAGGCGAUAGCUAACAACCGUUCAAUUGUCAUCAAUGAAAACCUUCAAAACGGAUUCAUGAUGAUUGUUAUGGAUUAUGUCGAUGGAGACCCAUUAACAACACAAAAAAUCAACACUAUGUCACAUAACAAUCGCAAAAUCGUCAUGAAGGAUAUGGAAAAAGCGGUCGCGGCCUUGCAUGAACAAAAUAUUGUGUUUGGCGAUCUUCGUAACCUGAAUAUUCUAGUCACCAGAAAAGGAACAAUUCUUGUAGAUUUUGAAUGGUGUGGAAGACAUAGUAUUGAUAUAUACCCUGUUACGAUGAGUACUGAGAUACCUUGGCCUCAAGGCGCAAAUCCUGGUGCUUUACUCAUGCAAGCGCAUGACGUUCACUGGCUUCAGGUGAUAAAGCAUGAUCUGAAUUUAUUAUUACAGUAG